AUGCAGAACUCUUGUGUUUUGAGCGUUCUUCAGGUAAAGGCACCACAGCCGGUGCUGGAGAAACAAACAGUCGGUCUGAUCUGUGAAACCACAUGCAGUCUGACAGAAGCAUUCAUCUGGUACAAAAAUGGAGAGGCUUUAAAGAUCCACAGCAAAACACUCCAGCUUCAGUCAGAGCGCAGUGAUUCUGGCCGUUACAGCUGCGCCGUCAGAGGACAUGAACAUCUGCCCUCUCCUGCUGUCAGCAUCACUGUCAUGUAUCCUCCACAGAAUGUCUCAGUGUCCAUAACUGGAUCUGGUGAAAUAGUGGAGGGAGAUUCAGUGACUCUGAGCUGCAGCAGUGACGCAAACCCUCCUGCUCUGAACUUCAGGUGGUUUAAGGAGAAUCAAAGCUCAGCUGUUGGAUCUGGACAGAGUUUCAGCAUCUCCAGCUUUAACUCCAGUCACAGUGGACGCUACUAUUGUGAGGCUAAGAAUCAACAUGGAUCUCAGAGAUCAGAGUCUGUUUCAGUCUCUGUUAAAGAUACAUCUGCUGGAAAUGCCCCUGAAUCUGGAGAUGAUGACAAGAUACUCUAUGCUUCUGUCCAGUGUCGCAAAAAAAAUAAAGACACAAAGAAACCCGAAGAGGAUGAGAUCCAGUAUGCCAGCAUUACAGUUCGCCAACCUGCUACUGAAGCCAAGUGA